GAUGAGUGGACGCACAUCCUGCUCUGGGCAGAGGGGCAGGACAGGGGCCGUGAGUAACCGUGGCCUGGGGUCAGAGCCGGGCUCAGCUGCAGAGGCUGCUGGUGGCUGCGGAGAGCUGAAGCGCUGCGGCAUGGCGCGCGCCUGCCUCCAGGCCGUCAAGUACCUCAUGUUCGCCUUCAACCUGCUCUUCUGGCUGGGAGGCUGUGGCGUGCUGGGCGUUGGCAUCUGGCUGGCGGCCACACAGGGGAGCUUCGCCACGCUGUCCUCCUCCUUCCCGUCCCUGUCGGCCGCCAACCUGCUCAUCGUCACCGGCACCUUUGUCAUGGCCAUUGGCUUCGUGGGCUGCCUGGGCGCCAUCAAGGAGAACAAGUGCCUCCUGCUCACCUUUUUCCUGCUGCUGCUGCUGGUGUUUCUGCUGGAGGCCACCAUCGCCAUCCUCUUCUUCGCCUACACGGACAAGAUUGACAGGUACGCCCAGCGAGACCUGAAGAAAGGCCUGCACCUCUACGGCACACAGGGCAACGUGGGCCUCACCAAUGCCUGGAGCAUCAUCCAGACUGAUUUCCGCUGCUGUGGCGUCUCCAACUACACCGACUGGUUUGAGGUGUACAAUGCCACACGUGUGCCCGACUCGUGCUGCCUGGAGUUCAGUGAGAGCUGCGGGCUGCAUGCGCCCGGCACGUGGUGGAAGGCGCCCUGCUAUGAGACAGUGAAGGUGUGGCUGCAGGAGAACCUGCUGGCUGUGGGUGUCUUCGGGCUGUGCACGGCACUGGUGCAGAUCCUGGGCCUGACCUUCGCCAUGACCAUGUACUGCCAGGUGGUCAAGGCAGACACCUACUGCGCGUAGGCCGCCCAACGGACGCCCGCGGGGAGACGGCCGCACCCACAGCUGCCUUUCCCACCACCGGCCUCGGUGCUCUGCCCCAUGCUGGGAGGGAGGGGAGGGACAGAUGCCCGGAACCUGUUUCCAGAAGGCCCUGGCUUGGGUGGCUUCAGGGCUUCUGGACUCCCCGGGAGGGGAUGGCCACAGACUCGCUGCAGAACCCAGGGCAGGGGCCGGAGGGGCUUCCAGCAGUUUUUUUAUCUAUUAUUCUCCAGAGCGGCGUCCACACGGGAGCCAGCCUGUGGCCCCUGGCCUCCCGGGACACGGGGUGGGGCUGGAGGGGCCAGGUCUCGGCAUCCUGGAGGUGGCCUCGCUGGUCCUGGUGCUCUAGGCUGGGCCGCGGCACCUCACCUACAUUCCACAGUGGCCAUGGGCUCCUGGUGCAUCUCUUAAUAAAGUGUGAGCAGCC